CUCUGCCCGGCGCCGCCUCCCUCGGCGCGCUCGCCCCGCGGACCGGCAGGCGGCGGACCGGCAGGCGGAGGGCCGCGGCCCCAGGUGGUGGAGAGUUGGGGAGAAUCCAGAGGACAUACCGUUGUAGUCAUUUCGUCCUUUACCUUCUUACUGCCAAGGCUGCUGUGAAAGGCCCUGCCUCUGCUGUGAAGUAACAGUUUGUGGCCAGGCAAGUCCAGAACCAAGACGUUGCCAUCACAGGUAAAUAGAAGGAACGUGGAGCCCGGCGGUGGGACCAGCUCUAUCCAGUCGAGAUGGUGGACACGGAGAGCCUGAUUGGUCCCCUCUCCCCACUCGAGGCUGAUGAUCUGGAAAGUCCACUCUCUGAAGAAUUCCUGCAAGAAAUGGGAACCAUUCAAGAGAUUUCUCAGUCCAUUGGUGAGGACAGUUCUGGAAGCUUUAGUUUUACAGAAUACCAGUAUUUAGGAAGUGGUCCAGGUUCAGAUGGCUCCGUUAUCACAGACACCCUCUCACCAGCCUCGAGUCCCUCGUCCAUCUCUUACCCUGUGGUUCCUGGCAGCACCGAGGAAUCGUCCAGUGUAGCACUGAACAUCGAGUGUAGAAUCUGUGGGGACAAAGCCUCGGGCUACCAUUACGGAGUUCACGCAUGUGAAGGCUGCAAGGGUUUCUUUCGGAGAACUAUUCGGCUAAAGCUGGCAUAUGACACAUGUGACCGUAGCUGCAAGAUUCAGAAAAAGAAUCGUAAUAAGUGCCAGUAUUGUCGUUUUCACAAGUGCCUUUCAGUUGGGAUGUCCCAUAAUGCAAUUCGUUUCGGACGAAUGCCAAGAUCUGAAAAAGCAAAAUUGAAAGCAGAAAUCCUUACAUGUGAACAUGACCUAGAAAAUUCCGAAACCGCAGAUCUCAAAUCUCUCGCCAAGAGGAUUUACGAGGCCUACUUGAAGAACUUCAACAUGAACAAGGUCAAGGCCCGGGUCAUCCUCGCGGGAAAGGCCAGCAACAAUCCGCCUUUUGUCAUACACGACAUGGAGACGUUGUGUAUGGCCGAGAAGACUCUCGUGGCCAAGCUGGUGGCCAACGGCAUCCAGAACAAGGAGGCAGAGGUCCGCAUCUUCCACUGUUGCCAGUGUACGUCUGUGGAGACGGUCACGGAGCUCACGGAAUUCGCCAAGUCCAUCCCGGGGUUCGCAAACUUGGACUUGAACGACCAAGUCACUUUGCUGAAAUAUGGAGUUUACGAGGCCAUAUUUGCAAUGCUGUCUUCUGUGAUGAAUAAAGACGGGAUGCUGGUAGCAUAUGGAAAUGGUUUUAUAACUCGUGAAUUCCUAAAAAGCCUAAGAAAACCAUUUUGUGAUAUCAUGGAGCCCAAGUUCGAUUUUGCAAUGAAGUUUAAUGCACUGGAGCUGGACGACAGUGAUAUUUCCCUUUUUGUGGCUGCUAUAAUUUGCUGUGGAGAUCGGCCCGGCCUUCUAAAUGUGGGACACAUUGAAAAAAUGCAGGAGGGUAUCGUGCACGUGCUCAAACUUCACUUACAGAGCAACCAUCCCGACGACGUCUUUCUCUUCCCAAAACUCCUGCAAAAGAUGGCAGAUCUGCGGCAGCUGGUCACGGAGCAUGCGCAACUGGUGCAGGUGAUCAAGAAGACGGAGUCCGACGCCGCCCUGCACCCGCUGCUGCAGGAAAUUUACAGGGAUAUGUACUGAUUUCUUGGAAACGCACACAAAAAAGAAACUUUUCAAGCGUUUUUAAAGGCGACAGCACUACAAGUGAGAGACGGGAGCAACGCAACUUUGCACAAGUGUCACCAUUUGAACCUGGGACGAAGGAAAGUAUAAGCUCUAGGUAACCGGAAUCCUGUUCCAUGUUUCUUUCCUUUUUUAACCACUGCUUCAAGAAAUGCGGGUGAUAAACAGCUAUUAGUCAGGACUUGGAAAAUGAAGCAGAAUGGUGUUCAGUGGUCUGAUUUAAUGCACCCGAUGUGAAUCAAUGCAGAUUUCUUUGUCACAUUAGGAAUUUACUGGUGAAUUAACCUCAAAAUACGUGGCCUGUCUUCCCUUUUCACCACCUUUUGACUGUUGUGCUUCUUUAUAAUUUUGAAAACUA